ACCCGAGUGAGAAGACCAGGCUGAUUUGAGCUUCCUGGUUUCUUCAGGCGAAGUGAUCUUCCUCGUCCAGGUAAGACAAACCUGUGCUCAAGGCAUUCAUCAAAGAAACACUGGAGAUUGACCAGAGGCUCAUCCACAAUGAUGUUCUUGGCUCUUCUACUGCUGGCCUGGGCUGCCUUUGCAAAGGCACAACCUGCAGUCUUGACAGCCAGCGGCUGCUGCAUCGCCACAGCCCAGAAAGAUGUCCUGGACCUGCUGAGGAAAUGGGAAACUUCCUGCCAGCCCUCCCAGCCAGGCCAACCCCAGAGGCCCUACCAGAGCUGCAAGGAAAUCAAGGCUGCCGUGCCAGAGUCUCCAGAUGGACUGUACAUCCUGGUCAGUGAAGAUGGUGAGAUCUACCAGACCUUCUGCGACAUGACCACUAACGGAGGGGGCUGGACUCUGGUGGCCAGCGUCCAUGAGAACAACAUCUUCGGGAAAUGCACCACUGGCGAUCGCUGGUCCAGCCAACAAGGAAGCAAUGCCAACUUCCCCUACGGAGAUGGAAACUGGUCCAACAAUAACACCUUUGGGACAGCCAUAGCAGCCACGAGCGAUGACUACAAGAACCCAGGCUACUACUCUCUUAUAGUCCGAGAUAUCGCCAUAUGGCACGUUCCCAACAACAACCCGAUGAAGAAAUGGCGGGAGGUUUCCUUCUUGAGAUACCACACCGAGACAGGCUUCUUGUCUGGGGAAGGGGGUAACCUUCUCCGGCUCUAUGAGAAAUACCCGGUGAAAUAUGGCGGUGGCAACUGUCCAAAAGAUAAUGGCCCCACUACCCCUGUUGUUUAUGAUGUUGGCGAUGCCCAGAAGACUGCAGAGUUGUACUCUCCCAAUGGGCGGUCUGAAUUUGUCGCUGGCUUCGCCCAGUUCCGGGUGUUUAAUAAUGAGAAGGCAGCACUGGCUCUCUGCUCUGGCGUUAAAGUCACCGGAUGCAACUCAGAACAUCACUGCGUUGGAGGAGGGGGCUUUUUCCCAGAAGAAAACCCCCGUCAAUGUGGUGAUUUUGCCGCCUUUGACUGGGAUGGCUACGGGACUCACCGUGGAUGGAGCACUUCAAAAACCAUAGUUGAUGCCGCUGUGCUGAUCUUCUACCGCUGAACGGCCAAAUCAGAAGCCGGAUAUGGAGGUGCCUGUCCCAGACCAGAGAAAUUUAUGAUUAAAACACACAAUCUGACAAUGC